AUGGCUGUCGAUUUCUGGGCUGGCUACCUGAGCGGGGCAGUCGGCAUUCUGGUUGGCAACCCGCUCGAUAUCAUGAAAGUACAACUACAAGCUGGCAAUACACUUACUUGCGGCACAAGGUCCCAAGGUACCGCAGCUCUGAUCACAGGCACCGCGGCCCCUGUUCUUGGAUAUGGGGCCUUAAAUGCCCUUCUGUUUGUAUCAUAUAAUCGGUCGGAGAACGCCUUUCAAAGAGCGCUCUGCACAGGUACCGACAAGAGCCUGGUCGCGACAUGGCUGGCGGGAGCCGUUGGCGGGCUUGCCACAUGGGUGGUGAGUGCUCCCACCGAGCUCGUCAAAUGCCGUGCUCAAAUGUCUGCGCCAUCUGAAUCUAGCUGGAGCAUUGCACGCGACAUAUGGAAGGCGGACGGGCUUCGCGGUUUCUACUUGGGCGGCGUGGUCACAGCACUAAGGGAUAGCGUGGGCUAUGGGUUUUACUUCUGGUCCUACGAGUUGGCUAAUAGAUAUUGGCCAUCGAGUGUGCAUGAUGACGCUCCAUCACUACGCCAGGAAGCUCCGAAGAUCCUCUUGUGCGGUGGUCUUGCAGGUGUCGUCACCUGGGCGAGCGUAUUCCCACUUGACACAAUCAAGACUCGGGUCCAAACCCAGAGAAUAGCCUUCCACCAAGAAACAGCUCCAAUCAUCUACAAACCUAACACAUAUGGACUUCGCGCGCCAAACCGGCUUGGGUCCCUCGAUGUUGCUCGGACAAUGCUAGCCGAAGGAGGACUGCGCAUAUUCUUCCGCGGCUUAACGGUCUGUAGCAUCCGAGCCUUUAUUGUCAACGCAGUACAGUGGGCUGUAUACGAAUGGGUAAUGAUGGAGUUCUCCAAAGAUUACAAAAGAAAUGUGGCGGCUAAAGACAACAUGAUGGUACAUGAUCACUGA